CACAAAUCGAUUGCGAAAAUUACGUUUCGAAUUUCAAUCGAUUCCGCUCGGCUCCCGCCCUCAAGUCAAUAAUGAAGCUGUGGCAAGGAUGACACCCUGUGGACCGGGCUGAAAGUAAUUUAUGAUAUUAUUUAUUUGAGAUUGUAAGGUAACGAAAAAAACAAAAUGAAUCUUGUCACCGCCGUACAUACGAUAUUUUCAAUCAAUGGCCACUCAUAGAGACUAAUGAAGAUACCCACAAGUCCCGUCACACUCAGGCCAUCGUGACCGAGUAUUUAUAUGUUUAUCUUUCUACUUGGGAUCUUCUGGUUUUAAUCAUUCCGUGACAAGUCGAUCGAGCUAAAUGCCUAAAUCUUCUACCAUUUUCUAGCAAGUCCCUAGUGGGUGUUGUCGAAAAACGCGUUACUUUGAACAGUUGCUAGUUAUCUCAACUGGGACCAUCAUCUUUGAAUUUUGCCUCUAACUUUCCUCGGUCAGGAAAGUUUGUUUCUUUUGACCCAUGCCGUUUAUGGCUUAAACGCACACAUAAUCCACAUAUGAACGAGGGGCAAGUUCACAUUCAUGGAGAAGCUUACCAUAUUAUUCUUAUGCUUUGGUACUCUUCUAAUCUCAAUUUUGAUAACUUGUGCAGCAGCAGUAGACACCGUAUCAGCAAAUCAAACCAUCACAGAUGGUGACACCAUUGUUUCAGCUGGUGAAAUCUUUGAAAUGGGGUUCUUCAGACCUGGCACAUCAAAUAAUCGGUACGUAGGGAUAUGGUACAAGAUGAUACCAACCCGUACGGUGGUGUGGGUUGCAAACACAGAGACUCCAUUGAAUGAUACGUCUGGUGUGCUCAGAAUUAGCCAGGGUGCACUCCAAAUUCUCAGUGGUAACAACUCUGUAACCUGGUCUUCAAAUUCAUCCGCAUCCGAUAGAGGUAGCGAUGUGGUGGCUCAACUUCUGGAUACUGGAAAUCUUGUUCUGAGGGAUCAGGGAAGUUUAAUUUGGCAAAGUUUUGAUUAUCCUGUAGACACCCUUCUCUCAGGAAUGAGAAUCGGCGUGGAUUUGAUAACAGGAAGAGAAACAUACUUGAGGUCAUGGAGGAGCGAUGAUGACCCUUCUCCUUCUGCAGGUCAGUAUGUGUUUCGGGUGGAUACAAAUGGGUAUCCACAACUUUUUGAGAGGCAAAAUAUGGCUCCAGUAUCGAGAUUCGGACCAUGGAAUGGUGUUACAUUCAAUGGCAUGCCUAAUUUAGGAUACAUUUGGGUGCGGAUGGCAAAAUGGAAGACUUGAUUUGGGACAAUCGCACCCAAAAUUGGACUACCUAUUCAACUGCAAAUAAUAUUGAUGCUUGUGCACGUUAUGCUAUCUGUGGUCCAUAUGCAAACUGCAACAUUAACAAUGCCCCUGCUUGUAGUUGCCUAGAAGGUUUUGAACCACGUCGCCCUGAUGAAUGGGAUUUAGCAGACUGGUCAAGUGGGUGUCAAAGGAUAACACCAUUAGCUUGUGGGAAUGGGGAUGGAUUUCGUACGCUUUCAGGUGUAAAAUUCCCAGACACAAAUCGUUCGGUGUACAAUUUGAACAUGACACUUGAUGAUUGUGAAGCAACUUGCAAAGGGAAUUGCACUUGUACAGCAUAUGCAAGUUUAGAUAUCAGAAAUGGUGGAAGCGGAUGCUUGUUGUGGUUCGGUGAUCUAAUGGAUAUUCGGGUGUAUGAUGAAACACAAGAACUUUACGUAAGAAUGCCUGCUUCCGAACUACCAAUGAAUAAAGGUCCUACUUCCCCAGAAUAUGGCUCAGGCUCUGGAAAGAAGAAACCAACGUCCAUAGUUGUGGCAGCUUCACUUGGUGCAUUUAUUGUAUGUCUGAUUGUAGCACUGUAUGUAGCAUGGAGAAAGAAGAAAAGAUCUCACAAGACAAGACAUGUUUUGAUGCAAGCUCGUGAGGAGAAGUAUACCAAUGAUGAGGAUGGUAAUAAAGAUACAGAGUUGUCGGCAUUUAGCCUUUCCAUGAUUGCUAAGUCUACUAACAACUUUGCUCUCGACAAUAAGCUUGGAGAAGGUGGAUUUGGUCCAGUUUACAAGGGUGUGUUUGAAGAUGGACGGGAAAUAGCUGUGAAACGACUCUCAAAAACCUCAUCACAAGGGCUUGAUGAAUUCAAGAAUGAAGUUGGAUGUAUUGCCAAACUUCAGCAUCGAAAUCUUGUGAAGCUUCUCGGAUACUGCAUUCAAGGAGAUGAAAGAAUGUUGAUAUAUGAAUACAUGGAGAACAAAAGCCUUGACUUCUUUAUAUUCGAUGCAUCCAGAAGUAUCAUGCUUGAUUGGCCUCUUCGUUUUCAUAUUAUCAAUGGGAUUGCUAGAGGACUUCUUUAUUUGCAUCAAGAUUCACGCCUACGGAUUGUCCAUAGAGAUCUGAAAGCUGGAAAUAUACUGUUGGACAAGGACAUGAAUCCCAAGAUAUCAGAUUUUGGCCUUGCUAGAAAGUUUAGUGGAUACGAAACUGAAGCUAACACCAACAAAGUGGUUGGAACUUAUGGUUACAUCUCUCCGGAGUAUGCAGUGCACGGCCUUUUCUCAGUAAAGUCGGAUGUGUAUAGCUUUGGAGUUUUGGUGUUGGAAAUUGUGAGCGGGAAGAAAAACAGAGGAUUCUCUCAACAAGAUUACAACGACACCCUUAUUGGACAUGCAUGGAAACUUCAUAAAGAUGGAAAGUCUGUUGAGCUUGUUAGCUCAGCUGUGCGAGACUCAUGUGUCGCUUCUCAAGUACUACGGGCAGUGCAUAUUGGUUUGUUAUGUGUGCAACAUCAUGCAGAAGAUAGGCCCACGAUGUCGUCAGUGGUUCUUAUGCUGGGUAAUGAGAACUAUUUGCCUCCACCUAAGCAACCUGCAUUUUUUGCGGAAGAGAGAUUUGUAACAGAAAUCAACUCCAUGUCAUCGGCCCUAACAACGGAUUCUGUCAAUGAAGUGACUGUAACACUUAUGAAUGCUCGAUAGCAAGUAAAUUCUUCCCUUAUUAUGGUAUUCUUUAUUCAACUAUAUAUGAUUCUAUAAUGCAUCAUGUAUAUGUAAAGAGAGUGUAAUUACGAAAACCUACAAUACAUAUCAACUCAUCUUUUUUUAACCAUAGCAAUUUUGGAAUUUGAAUAUCAAUCAAUCAAGUUGGAUUUUUUAAGGAUCGUGUAUAUAAUUAGAAAAGGAGCACAAAGCUUCCUUGUUAAACCGAUGUGGAGACUCCUCAAAGUUGAUAGUUAAAAGCCAUGGAGUUGCACAUUGUUGAGUUAUGUGAUGUGACAAUGAUUUAGGGAAUUGUUAUUUAUUGGGAGUUGUUUGUUUUGUAAAGAUAUAUUGUAGGAGGGUGUUUUCUGACAUACUAUGGAUUCCUCUGGGUUGUGACUUGCUUUCACUCAAAGAUUAGAGAAUACACGGGUUAUAUCCAUACCCGGUUAUGAUCCAAAAUAUAUAAUUUGUUUGGUGUGUGUUAUGAGCUCUCAUAACACACAGAUCGCUCACACACAUACUCUUCUUUCUCUCGAUCAGUUAGGGUUUUCUCUUAGGGUUUGUUCAUAUAUAGUUCUUCUGCUUCUAUAAUUGUUGAUCAUCUUCUAGGUAGAUUGAGUGUAGAAUAGGUUGAGCGUGCUGGUAAGGUUGGUUGUAUAGAGUUAUUGAGUGAUUGUAUUGAGUUUUAUUCGAUUAUAAAAGAAUUGUUGAUGUUGUUGACUAUUUAUGUUUUGUUCGCACAUAUUAUAUAAGAGGUG